GUACCGCAGUGUCGAGGUGACUCAGUCAAACGUAACGUUACUGUGAUAUAAAAAUUGUGAAAAUCGAAUGUUGGAUUGUCCCUUGCGUCCCGAUUCGUAUUAAUUUUGUGAGAGAAAAAAUCGUAUUCGUGGUGAUACCGAGUGGCAACUAAGGAGAGCGUGUUUUCGAUCGAGGUGUGCAAUUUGAAUAUUCAGUUGUGGUUUUUGCGUUACUUACUUGUGGUGAAUGCUUGUAUUUAGUUUUGGAAGAUGACCGAGGAUUACCGUGAUAGAGGAGGUGUCUCUAGGUGAGGACGCGUACUAAUGGCUUCGAGAGCCCCAAGCAGCCGCACUACACGGCCCACCAGAUCUCCUUGGCGCACACAAUGAUUCCCUCGCGAUCUACCCCCAAUCUGAGGGAUAACAAGACCACCUCCGUAUACUCAUACCUGCAAAACCAGUCGGGGCUCAACUUCGCCCCCGUCAGCACCGCCCCGCCUACGAGAGAUGAGGAUUCUCCGCCUCCCGCUCCCCCCGUCAGAGAUUCCUCAAGCCUCAAAUCAAUCAAGUACGGUCCUGGACACGAAAAGUUCCCAUCUUGGCCCGUCCCUGCUGCUGCGGAUACCCCACAGGCUUUGCGGAGCCAAACCAGUGGAGGUGGUUCCCACAGGUCGAAAUCAUGGACGGACCAUACCAAUUACCCCAAAGAGAAGGUGGUAACCUACACGAGGCCCUACAUGAAGAGGCAGCAUUCGCAAUAUACCCAGCAGAAACUGAAAACUGUGAUGGAAAAGUGUGAAAAAAUCCCGUCGGAGACAUUCGAGUCGCGCUACGACAAAAUGAACGAACGCCUGUACUUGCCCCAUGUCGACCAUGACGGUAAGCCACUAGGUGACAUGGAUUACAUGGUGCCAUCACCCCCCGAAAGGGACAUCACUAAUAAGCCGCAACUGACCCAAGCUGGUCUUGAGGCAUACGCCAGGUCGUACCAGGAGCCCAAGUUCUGCGAAGAACCCAUGAAGCCGAACCACGGACACCUCACAGAGUCAGGUUUAGAAGAGUUCAUGGAGUACACGCGCAACUACGAGGACUCGCUCUUCAACUCGAUGAAUUCCAAAAACGAGGAAAGCAUGCUGACCCACCUCCACCAAAAGCAGAUCUCCUACGCCCAGUCGGAGGGCUACCACAGCUACGUAUCCAGCACGGACUCGACCUCGACGCCGUUCCUGGACCGCCUCCGGAGGGACAGCGAAGCCGUCGUCGUCAGACCCCUUUCCUCCAACACCUGGGACGAACUGAACCAGGAAGAGCCCAACGCGAGACGCGAGGGCAGAGACAGCGUGGUGACCACCAGUUCGGGAAGUGCCUCUUCCAGUGAGACCCUCAAAUGGCACGGUUCCAUGAGUGACGUUUCCGUGACCUCGCACAGCAGCUCGCAUCUUGCCAAUAACUCCUCCACGAGGCAGCACAUAGCGCACAGUGCCCGGGUUCAAACCCCCCAGAGACACCAUUCUGAGAGUGUGCUUUACAUGAGCGGUGAACCGAAAGACAGCAGUGUAGUGUGGAAGGACAGGGAAAGCAGGAACAAUAGCGCGAAUAAACUGAAACUGUUCCCCGUGAACACUUAUACGGUGCAGGAGAAUGACCACCACGGUGGCGGAGUCAGUAAUGCUUCCAACAACAGGUUGUCUCUGUCGUUGCAGUCAGCCCUCUCAGUAGCAGACCGUAUCAGUGAACUGGAGAGGCAACAGAAAUACUCAUACCUGGACCCCGACAAGAAGCACAAAGUCCCCGACCCGACUCUCAAAGCCAUCCAGAAAAAAGCCCUCUUGUCCUUCUAUGAAAGACACCACAACAACGCCACCAAAACCGCCUGGCGUUCUGAGCCCCAACUUGCCCAGAGCCAGCAACUGAGCAUCCCCCAACCCCCGCCAAAACUCAAGAUACAACUCCCGUCGCGAAGAGCGUCUUCCGCUUCCGACUACGCGUCUGGAAACACCUCGAAAAGGAGCAGCUUGGCUUCCAACUUAGAAUCGAAGACUACCGACAACAUCAGCAAAACAAUUCCGAGACACCAACACAGCAACUCGUGUGGAAGUCUAUCCACUGACUUGCUGGGUCCGGUGAUAAUGGGUCCUUCCAUAUCCGUUGAUGAUUGGGUGCCGGAAAAGCCACCGGCAAGGCCACCUAAGAACCCGCAUUUACGUACGGCCUUUCCCGACUUAUUUCAGGAUCAGAGAGUGCCUAGCCCUGACUUGCCUCCGCCUUCUCCUCCAACUGUUAUCGAGGACGAGGUUUUUAACAGCGACGAACCACUGCCUCCUCCACCGCCUGAGUGUGAAACAAGCUGGCAGGAGGAAUUUAAUGACAGACUCAAGGAGAGCACUACAGGGCAUCAAACUCCCGCUCCGCAGGUGCAGAAGUCCAACUGCAAGAAGGAGAGCAAGGUUAUUCAACAGACUGUAGGCAUUCCUGAAAGAAACUUGAGACAUUCCAGUGUACGAUCCUCCAUAAAGACCAAAUCCGGAGAGCAAAUUUUCCACCAAGUCAGCAGCAAGCCAUACAACGCGUUUGUCCAGGCGGAAAGACCUAGCAAACCAGAACAAAUCCUUGGUUUCCCAAACCAGAGGGGGUACCAAGAAAGGUCAAGCACGAGAUAUCCCACCAAUCAAAAAUUGGUACUGAACGGAAACGUGGCAGUGAGUCAAAAAGUGAACGGACUGCCAGAACCGUACAAGCCAGAACCUCUAAGGCCACAUAACAGAGAAGAUAUGAAGAAGCAGCCUGCUUUGCCGCCUGAUACUCAUAGAGCUCAUAGGGCAUCGAUUGCGGAGAGUCCAAUCAAAGACGUUCCUCCGCCUUUGCAGCCGAGGCAAAUGAGGGUGAAUCAGUCUAUGAGGGCAAGGAUUCCACACGAUCACCGUUCUGGGGCCACUUCCAAGACUUCUCCUAUGAAGGAUGGUAUGAGGGAAACAAGAUCUGCUUCACUGAGCCAAUCCAAGGCAGCCUACCUAGCGCCUCGCCGGGACAGAGACCGAAUAGUUCCGGACUCGGAGACCGGCAGCUACAAGAGGACGAUGUCCCCCAACGGCCAUGCUCUGUCCCCCGAGGUGAUAAACGAAUCGCAGCGAGUCAACAGCCGGGAGGCCAUCUGGCCCCUGAACAGAAACAGCAAGGAUCUGUUAAAGAACAACAAUAACAUACUGAGGAGGGCCUCCGUAAACGAGAAGCAGAAGAAAGAUAAUUGUGAUGAAAAAGAAGACUUAAAACCUAAUCUAGCUUUACCAGACGUACUUCCGGUAAAUGUCAAACUGCUCGGGCCUAGAUCUCAACAAUACAACAGGCCAACCCACUUGAGUUUGUCGCCUCUAGACAAUGAUCAUAUGACUAAAUCUUCACCAAAGUCCCCGAUGAAGUCACCGCCUUCUUCACCAACCAAAAGUCCUGCGAGGUGUUCCCCGUUUUCACCUUUGCGCUCCGUCAGCUUAUCUCCAGCAGCAUCGAUUUCCACAACGAUUAAUUCGCCUGUAAUACGCACAUCGUCGGUAACCACAACUCCUUCGGUUACAACGACCAUUAACUCAUCGGUAGUACACACGUUUCCAAUCACUUCUCAUACAUCAGCGUUCUCUUCAAGUACCACAACGUCCACCUUGACCACCAGAAGUUCCCCCGCUCCCAUCUCCUUCACCCCCGUCUCGAGAAUCAUAACAAAUCCUCCACCUUCCCCAGAAUCAAAAGGCGCACACUCCCCUUCGGAAUCCCCUAAGAGGUUAUCCCCAAUAAUAAAGCCUUCCCUUUCUCCCAGCACCCCAUUGAAGCUAUCCCCUCUCCGAAUAUCCCCCCACACAAAUUCUUCUAAUCAGAGCACCCCCCUUCACGUAUCCCCUCUCACGACGCCGACAUCCUCCCCUAAAUCCCCGGUAACUCCAGAAUCAUCCCCUCCGCCUUCUCCAAAGAAACCGGACGACUAUCCCAGGGUCAUAGAAGGCCUACAAUUAAUUCAAAGGACUGAAGUUGUUUUAAGGGUUAACACAACGACCACCGACGCGGCAUCACAGACGGAAAAGGAGGAAUUACCUCCGACACCUUUACCUACGAGGAAGAAGUUGCAGGAGGAGAUCGAGUGCGAAAAAUUGGCAGAGGAUUUUGUCGAUCACCUACCCACUUCAGACAGAUUAAAAGAGCUCUUGGUACCUGCUCCAGAACAUAAAAAACCAACUGAUUACGUGCAAGGGUUGUUCCGCGUUGACGUCACUUCGAGACCAAGGCCUGCCAAUUCACCUUUUCGAAGUAGAAACAACACCCCGAGCAGCACUCCUCCACCCACGUCCCUACCAAUAUUGACGAGUAGCACCACAACCAGCAAAUUAAGUUUGUCUCCAACUCUUCCAAUCAUCCCCGCUUUGGAACCAACAAGUCCUCUUUCUGGGUCAUCCAUAUAUUUCACUACAUCAGAGCCGAAGGCUAAAUUUUUAACUAGAUAUAGUCAAGAUAUGAAUAAAUGUCAUAUUGUCAAGGAUACCAAAGAUCUUAGUCAGAAAAAGGAGGAAUUAGUGAAUCGAUUGGACAAAAAACUGGAAGUGUUACGCAGUGAGCAGCUAGUUGUAUCUGAUGAGUGCAAAAUCAACGAUGAACUUGGAGAGAACGUAGAGACACAUAUUAACAGAGUCGCGAGGCCACACGAAGUUGCCAAAUUUAGGUUACACGUAGAGGAAGUAGGAAAAAUAACAAGCUUAUUAUUAGGACUAUCUGGAAGACUGGCAAGAGCCGAAAAUGCCCUGAUGUCAAUGGCUGAAGACCAUCCAGAGAGGAGAAUACUGGAAGCUAAAAGGGAUAAGCUUCUGGACCAGCUGGGGGAGGCUAAAAAGCUAAAAGAAUGCAUCGAUCGCCGCAGCGUUAACGUUUCGAAUAUCCUUUACAAAUAUUUGAAUUCCGAGGAAUACGCCGAUUACGACCACUUCAUCAACAUGAAGGCCAAACUGAUAAUGGACUCCAAGGAGAUAUCAGACAAGAUUAAAUUAGGCGAGGAGCAACUUUUAGCACUUAAAGAAACACUUAUUGUCACAGACUGAUUGUGUGUAAUUAUAACAUUAUAACUUAAGUUGUAACAUAGAGCUUGUUUUAAACCGUUCGAGUUUUAUCGAAUGAGCUAGUCCAGUGACGAACUUCUUCCUGCUUUCUAAGAUCUACCCUGAAAGCACUGUUCUAUUUAAGUUUUAACCAGUGGCCUCCAGGGGUUUAUUGUAUAAUAUUUCUAUUUUUUAUAUAUCUACAAAUAAUCUUAAGUUUGGUUGUUUCUUGUAGUCGUUUCGGAUGGAGAGGUCCGACUUCCAGUUUGAGGUUUUACUGGAGUGUUACCUACUAUUUGCUAAGAAUAUGGAAUCCUUUUCAAAAUGUAAAAUUUUAUGUAUCGCUAAAGGAGUUGCUUGUAAUAUAUUUUUCUUUCCUUUGACGUGUAUGACUUCCAAUUACCCCCCACCUUGUAGUGCUUUAACUUUAACCAUAAUCUCCAGGUUACUGUACAUUUCCAGCUUGUUGCUUUUAAUGUGAGUUUCAGUAAAAUAUUUCCGCAAUAACUAAGGACCAAUCCAAUUUUUCAAACUCGGUUUCUUGGUCUCAGUAGGUGAACAUCCGGCACACCUGGCACUGUUAUUUGGUCCGGUCCAUCCAAGAUGUCACUGAGUUAUUUUAAAGUAUGGUUUUUCAAAUGUUCAAAGAUACUAAUAUUUGAAAAUGCCAUAUAAGUAGGGUGUACCUCGCAAAUCAACACGAUUAAGAGCUUGUAAUGGUAGAUUUGGCGGCUUGAGCCAAUUGGGAGCCUCUUACCGUUUUGGGAAACGGAUAAGACGGUCGCCCCAGCAGACUAGGCUGUUAUUUUGUGCAUUUCGUAAUUAGUUAAUAUAUUUAUAUAAGUGCAAAUAUGGGUGGUUGUAUGGAUAAAGUUGGCGUUAAGGCUCGCAGCUCCCAAACGGUUAUUUAUUUUUUUUUAUUAUUAUUUAGUUGAAACGCUGCGGGCUUUUCUUUUAACUUUUUCUAUACAAGGUUCCCUGAACAUCUUCCUACCAAGUAUUUACUUACUAUAAUGUAUUAGAUGUAUAGAUCAAAAUUGUAUCUUUUUUGAUUUUCAUUUACUCGGUAAUAAGUGAGCCAAUUGUUGUAAAUAUUAUUAUAUAUUAAAAACGAAUGUUAUGGUGCUCUGGAAAUUGUAAUAUUGUAAUGUCGUAAGUUGUUACAUUGUGAUUUUUAUUAGUGUUGAAACCAGUCGUACGUAUGUAUUUUCUUACAUAUUUUUAAUUUAUCAAUAUAGGAAUAAUUCUCACAUUUCUCAAAUUUGAAUGGAUUAUUUUUUGAGCUUUACGCAACGCUUGCAAUAAAUAAAUAACCAAUCA